UAGGUGGAAAAUUAUGGAGCAGCCACUGAUGCCGCCUGCUCCUCCCAGCUACGUUGCAUCUCAAAGUCAAGCCAUCACAACUCAACCAGGAGCUUCUAUACCGAUGCCUCCUGGAACAAUUGUAAUAGAAGCGCUGCCACCCGUUGAGGGGAUCCCAGGGGGUUUAGAAUACCUCGCCUACUUGGAUACGAUCAUGGUGCAUCAAUUUUUGGAGCCCAUCGAGAUUCGCACUGGCUGGGAGACCAAAAAUAAAUAUGCUAUCAAAAAAAUAUGCUAUCAAAAGAGACAGUGCUGUGGAGCUGAACGUGCAUUCGUCAUGCACAUUGUAGAUAACUUUAACAAGGAAGUGCUCACCGUCAAACGAGAAAGACACUGCUGUGGAUGCUGUUGCUGGUUAGGUUCAACAAACAAGAGCACAAUUGAAUCCCCAUCCAUGGGCCUUCUGGGUACUGUUCUUCUAGGACAUGGUUGUACAAACUCACACUGUAACGUUCUGGAUAAAGAUGAAGAACUGUUGUUUCUUGUUGAUGGUCAAGGCUGCUGCACGUAUUGCUGUUGCGAUGAUAAGGCUUUCACGAUCAAAACUCCCGAUACCUAUAAGAGAAUUGGCGCAAUUACCAAGAAGUGGGGUGGUAUAAUACGUGAGGCGUAUACUGACGCUGACACUUUUGCCGUCACAUUUCCCGCCGACCUGGAUGUCAAGGCCAAAGCAUUACUUCUGGCAACCACGUUUGUUAUUGAUUUUGCAGAGUUUGAGAGUAGUGGUUGAAGUGGAAAAGCUGGAAAUCGAAAUAUUUAUUUGUUGCGCUUUAUUUAUGAAAUGAUAUGUUUUUUUCGUUAUGCUAUGUAUAUGUUGAUGCUUUAUGUUUAUUUGCAAACUGAUAUGAAAACUUUCCCCUUC